GUGGGCUGGAUUGCUAGAGUAGGAUUUCUAGUCUUUCGGAGCGCAGUAUAUUUUUUGCUUGACUAUCUUUAGAUCUGUGUGCGUUUAACAGUAAUAAAGACAUAUUUUCUGAAUCGGUAAAUGUAGAUAUUUCAGACUGGAUCUUUACAUCUGUAUACCGUCUCCAAUUGGAAUAAAUAAUUGAGGAAUGUGGAAAUUACAGAAUGCCCAACAGCGUUGGAAAGAGAUUUAAACCCACCAAAUACAUCCCGGUAUCUACUGCUGCCACUUUUCUUGUGGGAUCCACCACCUUAUUCUUCGUUUUUACGUGCCCCUGGUUGACCAACACAAUCUCCCCCGCCGUGCCUCUCUACAAUGGCGUCGUCUUCCUAUUUGUGCUGGCCAACUUCAGCAUGGCUACCUUCAUGGACCCUGGAGUCUUCCCCAAAGCGGAUGAGGAUGAGGACAAGGACGAUGAUUUCCGGGCACCUCUCUACAAGAAUGUAGAGAUCAAAGGAAUUCAGGUCCGGAUGAAAUGGUGUGCCACCUGUCACUUCUACAGACCGCCCCGCUGCUCUCACUGCAGUGUGUGUGACAACUGUGUGGAGGACUUUGACCACCACUGCCCCUGGGUGAACAACUGUAUCGGGCGUAGGAACUACCGUUACUUCUUCCUGUUCCUGCUGUCGCUAAGCAUCCACAUGGUGGGCGUGUUCUCCUUCGGCCUGCUGUUCGUGCUGCACCACAUGGAGCAGCUGGGCACGUUGCACACCACCGUCACUCUAGUGGUGAUGUGUAUAGCAGGGCUCUUCUUCAUUCCAGUCAUGGGCCUGACAGGCUUCCAUAUGGUCCUUGUCGCCAGAGGUCGCACCACUAACGAACAGGUGACGGGCAAGUUCCGUGGAGGAGUAAAUCCCUUCACGCGGGGUUGCUGUGGCAACAUCAAGUAUGUCCUGUGUGCUCCCCUGGCGCCCAGGUACAAUGGUGUGGACCCCAGGAAGAAGCCCCCUGUCUCCAUCCAACCCCCCUUCAUCAGACCAGACCUCUCUGACAGACAGAUCAGCAUCAAGGUCAGCAACAACGGGAUCCACACCAGUAUCCUCCAGUCUAAAUCCAAGAUCAGUCUGGAUGGCCUGGCCGUGGAUGACAAAGGCCUAGACAACCAGCCUCCGCUACCUCCCAAAGCAGAACGCUACAACCAGGUGAAGAGCCAGCUGACGUCCAGCCAAGAUAGUUCCCUGUCCGGCAAGACCCAUCCCUCCACCCCGGCCAUGUACAAGUACCGGCCCUCGUUCGGCACCAUCCCUAAAGUCCAUUACCAUGCGGCAGGAGAGAAGAUUGUAAUGCCAGAUGACCACCGUAAGGCGUCCGCCAUCUUGGAGGAGGGCCGUUGCCAUGUCGACUACCGCUCAGAGCCCAACCUGGACCUGCCUGACUACCGCAACGCCCCUCUCCACCGCUCCUUCCAGUCCUCCCCACUGCAACUGGACUCCUACCCCAUCAACUCCAGCUCCCUCAACCUGAAGCAGGCCCACCAGCGCAGGGACAAGGGCCAGCUGCCUGUCCUGCAGCCUGAGACAGUCACCUCCACCCCCUACAAGAGCGUCUUCUCCCCACUGUCCAACCGCAACAGCAGCCUCUCCUACGACAGCCUGCUCAACCCCAGCAUUUCCCCAGCCACUGCAGCCGAGUGCAUGGCCCACCCCGGCAUGCCCUCUAUGGGCUCGCACUCACCCUACCUGCCAACCAAAAUGUGCCACGUGCGGGGGCCUGAACCUCAGAUCCAGAAGCAGCAGGUCCCCCCCAGCUUCAGCCCAGUGUUGGGCUCUGGGGGGAUGGGGAUGAGCAGGGGCAGGGGCAGGCAGUCCCCGCAGAACAGGGACCUGUCCCCGGUGUUGGGCUCCAGGGGGAUGGGGAUGAGCAGGGGCAGGCAGUCCCCCCAGGACCGGGACCUGUCCCCGGUGCGCUACGACAACCUCUCAAAAACCAUCAUGGCCUCCAUCCAGGAGCGUAAGGAGAUGGAGGAGAGGGAGAAGCUGCAGCACCAUGGGGGGUGCUCCCAGGCUCAGUCCUAUGCCCAGGCUCAGGACUCAGGCAUGUUCGACAGCUCUGGAGGGUACGGCCUGCCUCCCAGCGCCUGCUACCCGGAUAGUCCCCGGGACCCCAGCUCCAGAGGUCCCACGCCUCCAGCCUACGGAGGCUCUAGGGACAACCUGAUGGGGGUGGUGAGCUACGGGCCUCGGACCCCCGUGCUGCGCUACUCUGGUGGCUCCUCUCUGGCACGUGCCCCCAGGACUUCCUCCAGCUCCCUGCACACUGACAGCAGCAUGCAGGGAGGCAGGGUCCCUGAGCCCCCCUGCCGCUCCCCACCCCAACAGCCCCACCACUCCCCUGCCAUGCCCCAAUCCCCCUCCUACACCCACAAGAAACUCUCCUUCAUCCACGCCCUGGAGAGAACAGACUCACCCCGCCUUGGUGGCCCAAGAGAGGCCAUGAUGCAAAGUAAAGUGAAUGGGCAAACAGACUGCCAUCUAGGACCCAACAGCUCCAGUGCCCAGGGCACCACUCUCAGCCCUAGCCGCCACAGUAAUGUCAAAAAGGUGACUGGGGUGGGUGGCACAACCUAUGAGAUAUCUGUGUGAAAGGGCUGGGGCCCAGGGCGCCAAACCUUGAGGGAAGAGGCAGCAUUCUCAUGGCAUCCACAUCCACUGACAACAACAACUGUGCUACACAGAGAGGGUUCUCUUCUUCCUUUGACCUUUUUUUAUUCGAUAUUGUCCAAUCAGGGGCGCAUAGCAUUUCCUACUUGGGAAUUAUUGGCGGACCUCUGCUCUUUCCGUGCCUAGCCCUUGGUCUCUGUGUCUGUACUGGAGGAGUGCGCCGUGAUAAGUGUGUGUUUGAUGGGAAAAGAACAAAUUCAACCUAAAGAGGGCUGAUGUUCUUACUGAGUGUUUUGUUGAAUUUUGUGGCUUCUUGCGUUAGUCAUCAGUGGACAGUCUGAAUGAGAUCUUAAAUUUGGCGUUUACAGCAUCUCAGUUGCGGUCUAGGUGCUGUUCUGUAUGAUCACACUCACUAACCACCCACCCAGGCCGCGAGAGGUUAAUACACUGACACCCUUACACAUACAGAUGAUGCCACAUGUCUUUGUUCAGUCACAUUCUCUGAAAUAGCCAUGGAAUGGGGAGCCACCUCUAACCCAAUAAGUCAUGCAUACAGCACCAAUCCAUUCGAUUUAAGCAUACAGCACCAAUCCAUUAGAUUCAAGCAUACAGCACCAAUCCAUUAGAUUCAAGCAUACAGCAUCACUCCAUUGGAUUCAAGCAUACAGCACCAAUCAAUUAGAUUCAAGCAUACAGCAUCACUCCAUUAGAUUCAAGCAUACAGCACCAAUCCAUUAGAUUCAAGCAUACAGCAUCAAUCCAUUUGAUUCAAGCAUACAGCGUCACUCCAUUGUAUUCAAGCGUACAGCAUCACUCCAUUUGAUUCAAACAUACAGCAUCAAUCCAUUUGAUUCAAACAUACAGCACCAAUUCAUUAGAUUCAAGCAUACAGCACCAAUCCAUUAGAUUCAAGCAUACAGCAUCACUCAAUUUGAUUCAAGCAUACAGCAUCAAUCCAUUGGAUUCAAGCAUACAGCGUCAAUCCAUUGGAUUCAAGCAUGCAGCAUCACUCCAUUUGAUUCAAGCAUACAACGUCAAUCCAUUGGAUUCAAGCAUACAGCGUCAAUCCAUUGGAUUCAAGCAUAUACACAUACCUCUUAUGAAUUCAAGGUGCUUUCAAGGUGCUGACCGUGUCUGUCUUGUCCAUCAACAACAUGUUGGCCAUUACUGAGCAGCACAGAGAAAAUAUCACAUCGCACCAGUCAGUGUUAGAUCAAUGCAAUCUUUAAUACUGUUCUAAUACCGUCACAAGAUGGGCUGAAUGGAUAUCAAACUGUUAAAUGGCAAUACAACAGUGCUGUGUGGCACUCAGAGACACACAGGUCUUGAAUUUCUCCAACUACAUUUAUCCUCUGAGUUUUGAGGUGGUAGAUUAGGGCUUACAGUACAGGAGCAUAUUCAUCUCAACUCUAGCUGAGCUCCAGUAUUUAUUUCCCUUUAUAAACUGGGUGGUUCGAGCCCUGAAUGCUGAUUGGCUGAAAGUCAUGGUAUAUCACACCCAAUACCACAGGUAUGACAAAACAUUUAUUUUUACUGUUCUAAUUACGUUGAUA